GCGGCCGUUCCGGGACGUUGUCACUGACGCUCCGCGGUCGCCGGGGCUUUGGGCGCGGAGCCGCGGGGGGAGCCCGGGCUGGGACCACUGAUGAACUAUUAACUGAAUCUUAUGCAUGGUUUCUUACAACUGAAAACAGGAAGAUAUCAGUUACAGAGAAAACAUAUUGACUGAAGGAGAAAGAAACAGGAGUUGAAGGGAGCUUUUGAAGUUGAAAAUCGUAGAUUCUGAAAAUGGAAUGGGGAGGAGAGUAUUCUCUUGAUUCUUCCAAUUUAGACUGUUUGUUAAAUAUCCUUCCUGGAGAGUUGGAGUUUCAACAAAUUCUUAAUGAUCUUGAUGAAAAAAUUAAGAAGAACUCUUCUAGCAUAGAACAGUGUCUUAAAGACCUGCAAUCAGAAGUAAAUGAAAUAUGUACCGGUGAAAUACUACAGAGCACAACUGACUGCCUUCAGUGGCUAAACAACUGCAAUUUUAGUUCUCUCAGGCCUUCCUCUACACACCACGGAGAGCUGAUGGAGUUCCUUAGGACCCUGCAAAGCUUGCUGAAGAAUGAGCAAAAUCAAGAAGAAAUGAUACUUCACUUCCUGCUGGAUCUCUCUAGUCAGUGUGGUGUCUCAUUUCCCUGUACUCCAAGUGGGACGUCUUUUGAAUUAACAUCUUCCCUUCAUGCUAUUGAGGAUGAUUCAGCUAUGGAUGUGAAAUCUCUCUGGGAUGAUGUGAGAUUGCAUCUUCGACGAUUUCUAGUAAAUAGGCUGCAAAGUCAAGAAGAAACAAAUCCUAAUGCUUUACAACAACAAAUGGAGUUUAAAACUCAGUGCAUACAGCAACUUUUGUUUCUUUAUCCUGAAUCGGAAGUCUUAGUAAAGUAUCAAAAUAUGCAGAAUAAACUGGUUAGUGAUCUUCUACAGAACUGUAUUUUGUCUAGUUGUGGUGAAACAAAUUUUGAUAAGGUUGUUCAUGGUUACCAAAGUUCUAUACCCACGUUGUGCACAAUGAUAAAAGAGGAUUUGCAUAUACUAAGUGGAACUAUUGAUCUUUCUUCAUCAUUGAAGUUUAUUAAUGAAACUUAUCUGGAUACCAUCACCGAAGAAAUGACAGUUCUCCUUGAAAGACUUUGUGAGCUGCAGUUCAAAGAAAAUGCUCUACAUAUAGUUAAGGCAAACAAGAUUUCAAAGAAGCAUAGAGGAACAGUUCAUGCUGUGGCCUCCCAAGAAUACCACAAAAAAGGAAGGAACUUCUGCUUAACAUUGUAUCAACUCAAAUGUCUUUCUCAACUUAUCAAACUCUUUUUAUUAAUGGAAGAAAAAAUUGAAGAGCUCUCUGUGGAAAUUCUAUUGGUGCCUUCAUUUAUGGAGAGGAGUAAGAAUGUUCAAGGAGUUCUGAAGAAAGCUAGUGGGGAGCUUUUAAUAGGAGAAACUGGAGCAAAUGAAACCAGUGUGCUUCCUGAACAGUUACUUCAGGUAGAAGAGCCUAUUUUACUGAAUUUUGGCUGGAGAAAUGCAUUUAAAGACCUGUGUUCUUCUGUGGCGCACUGUGUAACAAUAGCAAUCGAGGAUUUUUCAACUAAAAUUCUUCAACAUGAGCAGAAAGAAGAGUUUUCAGCUGCAGGCUAUGCAAUGAGUCUUGUAAACAACCAGCAAAUGAGGGAGUCAUGCGGAGCAGUCCAACAGGAGGAGCAACCAAAACGAAUUGCUAAGUUUUGUUCUGACAUCAUGGAAGAACUUGACACAUUGCUUCCACUGGCUCUGGCAUGCAGAGAUGAUUCUCUUCAGGAAAUUAGAGCAAACUUUGUAGAGGCCUGCAGCAAAGUGGCAACAGCUGUCCUGGCAAGACUAGAGGAGAAAAGCAAAGACGUCCCCUCCAAGGCUCCCCUGCAAGACUUGUAUGCUGCCCUUUCCACAGCAAUAUACAUCUUUCAGCAUUUUACAAUGUAUAGCAAUUUAAUGAGAGAAACAAGCAAAAAACCCCUGUUCCUAGUGCCUGUCCAACAAUAUCAGGAAUUCAUCAACGUUCUCCAGUUUCAAGUUACGAACUACUGCGUCAGAGUUUGUGCUACAAGCAUUUUACAGGAUGCUGAGAGCCACCACUGGGAUGACUACAAAGCUUUUUAUGAGGGGGAAAGAUGCUCAUUCUCUGUCCAGAUGUGGCAUUACUUCUGCUGUGCUCUUCAUCAUGAUCUGUGGACUAUUCUACCUCCCAAGACAGCCCAGGAGAUUCUUACAGAUGUACUAGAGCAAUCUUUGGCGAUGCUGUCCUCCAGAUAUUGUCAGGCCUGCCCCAGUUACAAGAGAACACCACAAAUCAGAAUUGAUAUUGCAGCCAUUUUGAUGUCCACUGAAGAUAUGCUUUGGUCAGUCUGCAGCUCUGUAGAGGAGUUUCUGAACCCACGUGAAGACAGAGAUCUCAAGAUCUAUAAAAUACAUAGCCACUGCAAUAGUCUGCUCUCUGUGCUGGCUAUUUUAACUUCACCACUGAAGAAUUUGUAUGUGACAUUCCUGAACAAUUCUGAUGAACAUCUUCCUCAAGAUUUUUCAGAAGUCUUUUACCAUCCAUUACACUGGUUAUUUUUCAUACAGUCAUCAUGUUCUUCCUUACUGAAGACUCCAUCAGCCAGAGCAAUGGCAGCCCAGGGUCAGCUGAAACUGCUCUUAUCCCAGCCAUACUGUAAUUGGAACUUGCUUUUGGAAACGUUGCUACAUCAUGAUUGUCUCUUAGUGAAAAUUUUACUGAGAAGUUCAAGAAAUGAAGUACUGAGUCAUGAUGAACAAAGUUCUCUCUUAGAGCAAAUAAAUAACAAAGAGCCUACUCUGAUCGAAACAAUCUUCAUGGUACUGUCUUACUGCACUUUAUCACCCAAAUCUCUUGGCAUUGCUUUUGAGUCAUACAUGGAAAAAGAGCAGUUGUGGAAGUGCUUAUACAAUAUGACAGUUUCCAGUUGUGGUGAGCCGGAGCCAGAGGUUAUCAGAUGCUUGAAGUUGACUUUGAUUAAUUCAGUCAAGGGUAUAGUGAAGCAGAUAAUUUCUUUGAUGCAUUCAUGGGAGGCAACAGAAAACUACGGAACAUACCAGCACAAGCAAAUAGUUCCUGAAAGUUUACUGAAAACAGUUCCAAAGGAAUGGAAUUACACUCCUCGGGAAAUGAAGAGAAAAGAAUCUGGGAAAUGCUUCACAAGGCUUGCAGCUCAAGCAGUAUCUAUUGUAAUCAGCAAGUUACCUACAGUGAUUGCAUGUUUGCCUCCCCCAAUUAAGUACUUCUUUUUUCUGGCUGAGAGAAAAAUGUCAAGAAACUUUGCUGAAUUGAAGAAAGCUGGUCUGCUUGUCUGGAACUUGAUUGUAAUUAUAUGUCGGAUAUUUGAGGAUGGAAAUACUGCAGAACUUUUAACAGGUGCAACACUUGACAGAUGGAGCAAAGAAAAACUCAGUUUAGUUCGUGUGUGCUUAGAAAGUAUUAUGGGAAAACAGAAAAGUGGUCCUAAGCAAGUAACCCAGAAGGUUAUACAAAGCAUAGAACAGCAAAGACCAAACUGGAUUGAAAGCCAAUUGCUGAAGGCAAGAAAAUUGAGCACAGACUGUGCCUCAGUCACAGGAGAAGGUGCAACGUUAGAGGAAGGAGGUAUUGCACUUGGAUUCACUGAGCAGAAAAUAAACAUGAUGGUCCUGGAUAUCUGCCACAAACCAGGUGGCAGCGAGUACCUGAGGCAAAUUUAUCACAUCAUCCGGCUCAAUGAGGAAUAUUUGAAAGAGCAGCUGUCUUGUGAGAAUUCCUCUGAAGAUACUGUUGCCUCCAGUCAGUGCCUGCCUUUGACACUGAAGGGCAGAGAAGAACAGCCUGUGUUCAACCCUUUCCAGGUGUACAGACAAUCUUGUGCAAAAGUGUUCAAUCAGUCAACCAUUACUGAAUGGAACUGGGAUUGGUCAAACUUGCUGCCAAGUUAUUUGGGACUGAAUCAGAUGACCUUCAGGGUGCUGCUGACACACAGGUGGGAGAUGAAAGAAGGUGCAUAUCUUGAAGAUGAGGAGAAAGUUAUGGUGGAACGCUUAAAAAAUGUUUAUUUGACACAGAGCACUCCUACCUCAGAGGAUAAAGAAGGAUAAUUACCUUGACAGGUUUCGGGUAGCACCUUUUUCUGAAUUCAGUAUGAUUAACUUAAUGGCUUAGUUAUAACUGACAGGACUAGAAAGCUCAGGAAUAUAUAUCUUGUGUAGGAGUUUUAAACUAAAGAAUGUUCCCCUGUUAUUGUCUAGUCACCCCAUCCAGGCAGCAAUUGUUCACACAUGCAUAAGGCGAGCAACAAUAUAUGAAAAUGUCAAUGUCACAAAACAAGGAGGGUGUAUCUCAGUGCUGCGGAGGCAUAAACCUGAAUGACAAACCGAGAACUGUUUUAAAAGUAUAAAACUUGCUCUGAAAAUAAUGCAAUCUGGGACACGUGCGAGGCAAACACCCGUGCUAUGCUUCCAUCGACCAUUGUGGAGCCAGCCUGCCCCCGGCUCGUGUUGCUCAAGGACCUUUCUCUCCUUUGGUGCUUGUGUUCUAGUUAGUCCUGCCAUGAAAUCACCCAGAGUUUACGAGAAAGGACAGAUAUAGGCCGUAGGUCUGCAGACCUCUGUGAGUUGCUUCAGGAUGAGUAUGCUUGGCUGUUAUUCCCAAACAAAACCGCACCAGCUUUAUUGCCCUCGCAAAUCCUAACUUAACAACCAGCGUGUCCUAUGGCUUGAAAGACACAUGAUAGAGAAACUGUUAGCAGCUUUUAAAGAUUUGAGAAGCAUCUUUUUAUUUAAAAGAAUUAUUCACUGGCAGUGCUCAAAGAAAUGUCCUAAUAGUGAACUGAGAAGAGAAAAUUAUAAAAAAUUCAAUGUUUAUUUCUGAUAAAUACAAUAACAUUUCAUUUUCAAAGUAAGCCCUGUCUGAUGUUCAGGUUUUCCAAAUAUUAUAUGUUUUUCUUUUCAGUAAAAGUUCUUCCUCAAAGACUAAAAAUAGCUGAGUUAGGCACAUGGGUGUUUUGACAAUAUUUUUCAUACAGAAGGUUGGUUAAUAUUUCCUUAGCUCUACCGAAAUAAUCCAUCAUCUUUCUAUUUGUUCCUUGCAUUGGAAGUCCAAGGCAACUAUUUCCCCUGCCUAAUGAAGGGCUCUGGCAAGACCUUGUUACGGCUGCAAUCUGAGCUGCAGCUAUUCCUGUUCCCACCACAUCUCACAGAUGCUAUUAGGGACGUAACUCAGACCACUUGAAUAGGAGGAAGGCACGUUUUUUUCCUAAAAACUUCAGUAGCAGCAUGGGUAACUGUAAUGCUAGUGCUGCUGUAGGGUCUAAUCUGAAAUGCAGUUUUUCCUGCUUAAUUGCUUUUUUUUUUUUUUUGGUAUCAUUCAUAAAAGAUAUCAAUCCAUUUAAAAUGAAAAUGGGGACCACUGCAUCUUACAAAUCUCCAAAGAUCUUGCUACAACACUGCAUCAACAAACAGGCUGUGAGGCACUGAUGCUCCAAAAAUGCUAAAAAUAUUAUUUAAAGAAUAAACCAGACUUUUUCCUGUGCUGCUGAUAUAGUCAUUUCAGAUCAUAAAGAAGUGAUGAAGUGUAAAAACAAUUUGUCUUUGCUUUGUAUUUCACCUUUGAAGAUUAAUUGUGAUCUUGAGGCUUAAAAUGCGGCUACAGGGGUUACCUAUGAUGGCAGGUAUGGUAUUCUGACAAAUGAGGCACACAGGCUCCAAGCCAUAUUAAUAAUGUGUUAGUGCACAUGGAAGAUGGGAGUUUAGAAUAUUCUUUCCUAUUUUAUUGAAAUAUAUUGUACAUAAUUAACUUUUUGUACAGUCACAUAAAGUGGAUUUCUCUCUAUGUGGUGAAACUGACUGAAAUAGUUUUUGUGGAAAAAGCUCCCCUUCUGGGAAACACGUAUUCUGAAUAGGAUAAACUUUGCAAGUGGAAAAAGCUAACCCAGAAUAAAAGCCCUCACUUAGUCUGAAAUGAGGAUGUCCAUAUGGGGCGUUAUGCCAAAUUGGUUAGUAUCCUUUAAAUUCACAACACAUCUGGUUCUAGAAUAAUAACAGUCAUGUUAAAAAAAAAGAAAAAAAAAAUCGUUAUGCCCCUUCUUCCCUUCCCUCCCUGCCAAAUUAAUUCAGCAGGAAUCCACUGGGUAGCAUCAGGACAAUUCUGUCUUUCUUAGAAAGAGUAUAUUUAUAAUCUUUAGUAAUGUGGAGCUGACAAGACAGAAUAACUAGCCUGAAAAAAAAGCUGAACCUUUGCACAAUAUUUUAUUUGGAUGUUUUUCUUAUCCAAACCUCUAUAUAUAUGUCUUUUAGAGUAUCUGAAUGCAAGCUAAUGUGUGUUUGAAAUUGAACUUGUCCCUCAGUCCUUACUGAGAAACAGCAGGGCACGAUUUGUUGGCAAUGUAGUGAUCUUAUUAACUGACCUUCAGGGUAUGAAAGAAACAUCAUCUUGGCAACAUCACUUAUGCUGAAUAGAUACUUUUGCAACAUCAACAUUUGUUCAAAAAAAUUACAGUAAUAGUAAGGGCUGUAUAACUAAGAUUGCUAAAUCACAUACCAUUAAUUUAUCAAGACUGCUUACUUUAAACUUAAACCCUUAACUGACACUUCAAAGAGCUGAUCAUUUUUACUUUGUAAGGUGUGUAAAGUUAGGAGUACUUGUAUAACUGAUUGCUGCUUUCUUUGGCUUUUUUUAAUAAAACAAUAGUUCUGUAUUCUUAAAAAAGUUCUGCUGAUGCUAAAAUUGACUUAAGAGUCAUUUCAUUUUGGAGAGCGAUGGGUUCAUAAAGCUGCAAUGUUUUGCUUUCGUAUUUUAUGUUGUGGCUCUUUGUCACGACUUGGUGAUCCAAGAACAUCUCACAUUUAUGUUUAUCCUCAAUAAAUGAAGGCAACAGGAGCCAGAUUUGCUGGCUGCAGUGUGGGACCUGUGCUGCACGACCACUGCAAUCUGACUAUCUUAACUGCUCCUGGAAAGGUAGUCAAAAAUAAGGACUAAAGUCUGUUGUGUACAACGGACCUUUCCCUCUGAACAGGCAAAAGUGGGCCUUGUUGGCUCAGCUGAGUUAGUGUAAACGGGAAUUUUUAUAUUUAAAGAAAUUAAUUUGAUCAGAUAGAACAAACUAGGUAACUAUGCAUUAUCAUUAAUGCUUACACCUAAUUCUUAUUUAACAUUUUAAUAUGCUUAGGCCUUUUUACGAAACAGGUUUACAUGGGAGACUUCAUGGCAUGGAAUAUCUCUAAUUGUAUCAGUUUAGUAUCCAGCCAUAUCUUAACAUCUUGCUACUUUUGAAAGGUAGUUAAUAAAAUUAGAAGCGGGGCAAAACUGAGAUAGCAUUAAUAGCACUGAAACUCAGAAAGACAGGAGAGAGAGAGAAAUUUGGGAAAAGACAGCCACAAAGACAUAGCCCUGCCUUUUAGUGACUGCUCUCCUGACAAACAGUCUCCCAUAGAUCAUGCUUCAUUCCAGGAGAGGGCUUUUGUAGAGACCACAGGUAACAAAGCUCUUUGCUCUGGAAACAUGCACGAGGGCAAAUGGAUGUUCUCCCAUUCAUCUCUACGUCCUCGCAGCAGUGCAAGGUAGGCGUGAGGCUGCCUUCUUCCAAUUAGCUUCCUCUGACAGAAAUCCUCCAUUUCCCUGUCAGCUGAGAGGUCUUCACAAAAUAUACUGAGUCUUAUCUACAGUAAGAUACCAAUUAUGUGCUGAUAUAAAACUAUUUUAUGAAACUCCUUAACAUAUGUGCAGUCAUUUUUAGUGACAGACAAUAUCCAAACUUUCAAGGCAACAGUCAAAAGACUAAGGAAUUAGACCUAUUGGCCUAAUUAGGCAUGAAAUGGGAGAGUAACUUGACAGCAACAGGGAGAUUUCUAAGCAAGCAUAUAGGUCUUGAGGAGGUCCUGGCUGCUGCAAAGCCGCUCCUCUGUAGUAACUGUCCAUGUUGUAAACAGUGGUAUGAGUGGGAGCAGAAGCUCUAAAACUGUUUUUAGUGUAAGGCCUAGGAAACGGGCAAGGGUGAGCUGGCUUUUUCCUCUGCCUGUGGACUCCAACACUUGGGAAGCAGACUAAACCGACUGACAUUGUGGAGCAGGCAGUACCAGAAAAGCAUGCAAGGUCUUGAGCAGGUUGGGUAUUGCUGAGGACCUUGUAAGACCCAUUAGUGAAAUUGUGGAGGAGUCAGACUAUUCCUCUCUGGCAACAGCAUCUGAGAAUAGACUGUUAGCUAUUACAGCAGCAAGUAAAACAAUGAUACAGAGCUGGCAAGAAACACUCCAAAAAAAGCAAGGAAUCAUGCAAACAAGAAAAAAAAAUCCCAACCCUCUUUUAUUUUUCCUGAAAAAGUGAUUCUAUAACAAGUGCCUCAGGAAGAACUAGUGAUUACCAACCACUAAUAACAUAAAGUGAUCACCCAAAUUAAGAUUGUAUGUGUCAGUUUAGUAGACAACUACCCCUAAGCUGACAAGGAGCCACUCAGGUCAUGGCUAGUGCAAAUUUGAUGACUACCAGAUCAAGCCCUUUAGAUCCAUGACAACUUAAGCUGUUAGUAGGUUGCAGCCAUCUCUGAGGAGAUACUUUAUAAUACCUCCUACUGAAGAAAGUGUUUUAACAUUAAAAUAGCUAUGAGCUAUCCAGUUUCUGCAGUAAAUUGAUCCAAGCUCCAACAGACAACAGUCUCAGUGUCUGCACAGCCCUGAGUCACAUCCAUUCUCUAUCUAGAAAUGAGGCAAAGAGCUGGGUAAUGGUGAUCACACUCAGCAGGUGUGAUCCUCUCCAGCCACCAGCUCAAAAAGCAUGCCGUGUCUGCCAUGACCAACUCAGGUUUCAAAUCUAGCUCAUGGUGGAGGUUUGCUGCAACAGCACAUAACUGUUCUUUUCAGGACAGAUUUUUAGAAAAAUAAUAUCUUUUCAGCUCUCCCAAUAAAUAAAGACAUUGAUUAAAAUUCCUCUUAUAGAACAAGCACUCAGUCUUUAGGAUACACCCAAUGAAUAGUUACCGAUGCACCUAGUGUGUUCCAUAAGCUAAAUGUUAAUGACAUGAUCAUAUAAAUUUUGUCCCUAGAUGAAUUUGCUAGAGGGCUGAAACACAAGCAACUUUGGUAAAUUUGUAAUUACCUAAUAUCCAACUACUUUAUUUUUUCUUUUUUUUUUUUUUGUCCCAUAAUCUGUGUUUUCUAUGUAAAGAGUCUACUAACUUUUGACAUUUUUUGUCCAUAAAGAAAUAGUUUCAAAUAGCUUUUCAUGUGUCAUCUUGACUCUGUUUUGUUUUCUACCUCAAUAUUGACUUUCAGGCAUGGAAAAAUGUACUGGUUAAUGUUUGUUACAAUUUAGAAUGUGGGUACUGCUUCCACUCAGUUAUACAUGGGUAGAUAAUUCAUUUUCUAGACUUAAUGUCAUACAGACUUAAAGCAGUGAAGUCAUGGCUAAUAAUUUCAGGUUUAGGGUUGUCUGAAGACUUCUGCUCCUCAUGUCCCAUAUGAAUUUUGAAAUAUCUUUGUUUUUCCAUUGUUCUAAGCUACCUGUGUUAGCCAGGAUAGUUGGAGAUAUCUUUAUGCAUUGCUGUUUGUGAGCUAUUUAUGGUUUUUACUUAAACUGAUGUAUUUUGCCCCAGGUUUUAUUUUCUUUAGGUUCUCUGAACUUUUAAUUUACACUUGGAAAUACAUAGCACAUCUGUUUUCAUAAUCCACAAGCACCUAAAUACUUAUCAGCAAAGCCUAUGCCUUCUCAAACCUAAUACAGAGUCUUAGGCAACCAAGAAUGUAUUAAAUGUAAAAUUCAAACCAACCACCUGCAAGGUUAUCAUUCAAGAAACGCAGUAGUCAUUUUCACUUGGAUUUUCACCUCUCUGUAUAUUCUAGAAAUAACAAAUUUAAGGAGUUUUUUGCUUAUGUUCUGGGCAGUUUAUGGGUAUCUUCUAUUCUAUAUAAUAAACAUGUCUUAAAUGGGUUUUAUUAUGUAAAUUAAGAUUACACGUUCCCUUUGGAGAAUGGAACAAACAUUCAGAAGGUAAAAGGUUGAAAUGACAGGUGUUUUUUGUUCUGGCGUAUGGACUAGCAAACAGAUUACUUUCUACAGUAAGCCAGAUGUGGCCUUGGGAAUGAAAUUAUCUUGGCAGGAAUCCUACCUGCAGGUAUGUAUUAACUUCAGGAAAUUGACAGCUGAACAUGUGCUAUGGAAACUUUCUUCAGAGGCAAAGGGAUUAUAUCUCUUCAAAUAGCAACAGUUUCUAUUGCAGGCUCCCAAAUUUCACUCAUGCCCAUCCACUUCAUGAAUGGACAGAUUGAUGGAGGCCGUUGCAUUAAUACAACACAAAUGUGUAAUGUUAAUCAUCUGGCCUCCUCUUCUCUCCAGACAAAUAAUUAACCAGAACAUGGUAGGCUGUUCUUUAUUUCCGACAACUAUGCACGGUCUUGAUCAACGUUACUGAGCAAGACCGUACCUCUGCCAGACUUUGGUAUCAAACCACAGAGCCCUCCACACUGAUAAAUUGGAUAAUGAGGUUCAAUUUUUCAUGUUUAAAGGUGCUGUAUAUGCCUGGUGUGGUUCUUGGAUUUGUAAACCAAAACCGACCAGUCCUGCACCUUUUAUUUCCACUCCCUCCCCCUCUCACCCUUCCCCAGUUUUGGCUGAACUGUCAGUUUUAUGGUCAUUCCUGCUGCUUCCAGAUGAGGCUAUGGCCCCAUCUUACGCAGCAGGGUACAAAAUACAUACAAAGCGAUUAGCUGUCUCAAAGAGCAUCCAGUAAAUACAUACUACUGAGUUUCCAGGCCCAGUAGUGAGACACUUGGUAGUUAAAGCUUUUGCAUUUUAACCCUACAGUCUUUGGGCAUAUCUCCAAUCUGACAAGCUCCAAGGUGAGACAUGCCCACUUGUUUUGUAGGAGCCUGGUGGCUUGGUGUUGGUUUUGUUGAGAGGAGAGGAAAGGGAAGCGAUUGCUAGUUUAUUAUUAUCUUUAUAUUGUUAUGUUAAUUCUACUGGUUUUGUUACUGUUUUGGUUUCUUUCCAUGUGGAUUGAUGACUGGUCAAUACCUGAUGGUUGCAAUCUGCUUAAGUAGUUUGGGCAUUGAUAAAGUCAUGGUAACUGCCAGUAGCAGAAGUAAUUUGUGAGCAUAGUCUUUGUAAAAAGUGUCUGUCAUGCCAACAGGCACUAUAGGAAUUAAAUCAACCUAAAUCUCUGUACUAAAAUGGUCUAUCAUUAACAUGAUUUCUUAGUUCAGCUUUGUCAGGUCUCUCCCUGAUAACCACAGUAUUCCUUCUACGGUUAGAAAUGGGUUGAACAGAAAAAUGCUGGUAUCUUACAUGCUGUGCCUUUUGAGGGAUGUCAUUUUUCCAACUCAAGUUCCAAAAGGUGCACUUAAACUAUGUAAUGGAAAAGGUACAUGUAUUUGCUUUUCCAUUUUAUGUGUACACAAAUUGUUUAGAUGACAGUUGUACAAUUUUUUAAAAAGUUAUAUAAUACCCUGGAGCAGUCAUCUGCUCUAACAUGCAUAAUUUAUUCAAAAAUCAUUCAUGGAGUUGAGGGAUUGAUAGUUUGGAACAGAAAAAUUAUAGGUAUGCUAAGUAUGUUCUUGCAAAAAUAAAUCAUGUAAUCAUA